CAACACCAAACCUACUACUACUACUGCCAUAAUUACUAAAUGUCCAGCUCGCCGUCUCCCUUCCCAUUUCUCUAUUCCUUUUUGCUCAUACAUUUCCUCUUUCCCCACGCACUAUAUAUUCUACGUAUAUAAAUCGAGAUGCAACACUACAUUCUCAAACAAACGCUCACGCUUUCGUCUCGAAAGGUCGUUUCCGUGGUCGCUAAAAGCAAAUCAAUAUAUAUAGCGACGAAAAGAAAAAAAUAGCACAAAAUGGGUCGACCUCUUUCUGCUCCGUCUUCCUCCUUGGCGCCGUUGCUGUUCCUGACGGCGUUGCUAAUAAGCGUCGCCGUUAGUGGAGCAGCGGCGUCGAGGGCGACGAACGCCACCGUGCCGGCGAUCCUCAUAUUCGGCGACUCCAUCAUGGACACCGGGAACAACAACAACCUGGCCACCAUCAUCAAGUGCAACUUCCAGCCCUACGGCGUGGAUUUUAACGGCGGCCCCACCGGCAGGUUCUGCGACGGCAAGAUUCCCUCCGAUAUCAUCGCUGAACAAUUGGGAAUCAAAGGCAGCGUUCCUCCAUAUUUGGACCCAAGUCUCCAGCCCAAAGAUCUAUUAACUGGAGUCACCUUCGCUUCAGGAGGCGCUGGAUUCGACCCUAUAACCGCAAAACUAGUGGCAGUUGUGUCACUGAGCCAACAACUCCAAUACUUCCAAGAAUACAUCGCCAAGGUGAAAUCCAUUGUUGGGGAAGAGAGGGCAAACUUCAUCAUAGGUAACGCCUUGUAUCUAGUGGUUGCCGGAAGUGACGAUAUCGCAAACACAUACUUCACUCUUCGAGCGAGGAGCAACUACGAUAUCCCCGGUUAUACCGACCUCAUGUCCGAUUCUGCUUCGAAUUUUGUUCAGCAAAUAUACAAGUUGGGAGCCAGAAAGAUUGGGGUGUUCAGCGCGCCGCCGAUCGGGUGCGUGCCGUCGCAAAGGACUGCCGGCGGUGGACCUAUGAGGGCCUGCGCCGAUAACAGUAACCAAGCCGCCAUUCUUUUCAACUCCAAGCUGAAAUCAAAGUUGGACUCUCUUCACCAGAUGUUACCCAAUUCGAGAGUCGUCUACAUUGAUGUCUACUCUCCCUUGUUACAAAUCAUUCAAACCCCUACAAAAUACGGGUUCGAGAUUUCGGAGAAAGGAUGUUGUGGAACGGGAGCAGUCGAGGUGGCUAUAUUGUGCAACAAGUUCACUCCACCUUGUCCCAAUGUCAAUGCACAUGUAUUUUGGGACAGUUACCAUCCUACUGAGAAGACUUACAGGGUUCUAGUUACAGAACUGCUGGAUAAAUACUCGAGGGACUUAUUGGGUUGAUCCAGUUUUCAUAAAAAAAAUCAAGAGCUCGUCAUUAUUGUACCAUUAUCGAUACAGUCGAAAUUUUAUAUGUUUCUGGUUGUUGACUACAUGUUUGGUUUGUAACUCUUUUUUUAUUUUAAUUUUCUUUUCUUCUUCUUUUUGUUGGCUUGCAUAAAAAAAAACCCUUGUUAUGGGCUAUGAGUUGUUUGUGCCCGGCUGGCCGGAGAAUGUCAACACUACACGAUAAAAGAUCAAUGAAGCACAAAGCAAGAGUUUGUGCAUUGGUUGAUUGUUACAGUUAUUUAAACUAUUAUAUUUUGAAUUUUCACGGUUUCAAUGAAAAUGCAAGUUUAAUUUGAAUACA